UGUGCCUUGCAGUGUAAUGGAACUGUUUGGUGAUGGUAUGGGGGCAGCAGCAGCUAUGUCUGACGGGGACCAUGGACGAGCUGCAAUCAUGGGUCGACCACAAUGGCCGGCUGAAACCAGAAGCUCAAACCUCAUCUGUCGACGUCUCCGAGUCAUCACAUCCUGUGGCGACGCUACGGUUUGAGCUUGGGCAGCAAGCUAGGACGCCUAGAGAUAUCAAAGUCCUCAGUAUGGCGCGCUGUGGACUCACAGAGGUACCGGAGGUAUUUUCGUUAGAAGACGCCAACCACAACCGUCUGGCCGACACGAUUGAGUACCUGACCCUGUAUGGUAACAAGUUCGACGAUCUCCAAUCCACCAGCGACAAGUAUGACAGCUUCAUCAACGCCACUGACGCCAGGGUUCUGGUGCAAGGGAUGGGAUAUGACACUAGAGCAGCAAUGUGGCCCGGGGGUCUCAAAGGCACCCGCUUCAAAAACCUCCGUGAAUUGGACUUGAGAGCCUGCGCCAUAACCACCCUAAGCACCGGCACUUUCGAGGGCAUGGAAAACUUGGAAGCCUUGUAUCUAUCAGAAAACAGUAUACUCAACGUCAACGCCAAAGCGUUCUCGGGCCUUGACAAUUUAAUCCACCUAGAUAUGAGCAGAAACUAUUAUUACGAUGAAUACGGAAACCAUAAGAGCUUGAUGCUUGAAUCUUUGGAUGUCAUGGACGAUUUGCAAAAUCUGGUUUCAUUGGAUCUUUCUUUCACUCGUCUCUCGCAAAGUAAUUUGAUGAUGUUUAACAGUUUUGGAAAGUCCUUCCAAAGACUCUCGCUCUGUGAGACCGGGCUGACCAGGUUACGCGCUGGUAUCUUUGCAAAUACAACGCUUAGAUUCUUAGAUGUUUCUGGAAACAACGGGAUUUUGAGCCAAUACGGCGUUUUAAGUGGCCUAGAAAAUACCCUGGAAGUCUUAUACGCCGUUAAAAUUGGUCUAGUCCACCUUAAUCACUUUGAAAAAUUUAAACGUUUGGAGAUUUUAAAUGUACAGAAUAAUGAGAUCAGUGUUUUUACACCUGAAGUAGCUAGAACAAUGGAGAAUGUACAGAUAUUGGAUUUGGAUAAUAAUAGAUUAACCACAUUCAUAGAUCUUAAGUUCAGUUACAUGCCACGCUUGAAAUAUCUAUCAUUGCGAAAAAAUAACAUAAACAUGAUAAAUGAAAUCAUGAUUAAAGAUUUCAAGAAUUUAGAAUAUCUCGGAUUCGCCGAGAACUUUGUCAUUUGCAAUUGCCAUACAAGAGAAUUGUUUGAAAUUGGUUUAAAUGCUGAACGAAAAGCAACAAAGCAAAGGAUAAAUACACAAUACAAGGAAAGAGGUAAUAUGACAAAGUUUAGCAGUUACCACACAGGGUUCACAUCUUACAACGAUAUUAUUAAUAAAAGAACAAACGUCAGUAAAGCUUGCGAAGUAGAUAAUGAUUGUGAUGGUAAGAUAUACCAUGAUAAUAUCACUGCAAGAUAUCUGCUAGUUGAUUACAAUCCUUCACUCUAUCAAUGCAUGCAGCUGGUUGGAGGGGUGUACAUGUCAUUUUCAUACCCGUCGGGCUGUGAUGUGUCGCCCAGAGUGGACUUCGACGUGGCCAUUGAGAAAAGUUGGAAUAAACUCCUGGCUCUGAUUAUUAUUCCGGCCAUCUUGUUCCCUGUGUUGGUCUUCGUGUUUAUGUUCAGGAAGAACUUUAGGUAUUUCUGCAUCACGGUCAGGAAUUCUGCCCUCUUGAGUAUGAUUAAUAAGGAUUCGGUUAUAGAUGACUCCCGUAUCUUCAACUACGAUGUGUUUGUGUCGUAUUGCAACGACGAUCGCGGAUGGAUCCUUGACCAUCUACUUCCACACUUGGAGACCGACUGCGGAGUCAGCGUGUGUCUACAUGAGAGAGAUUUUCAGGUGGGCCUCUCAAUACUGGAGAACAUAGUUUCCUGUAUGGACCGUUCGCGAAGUAUAAUGCUCAUCAUUUCCAAGGAGUUCCUGCUCAGCCAGUGGUGUCAAUUUGAAAUGCAUCUGGCACAGCACAGGCUACUAGAAACCCGCCGAGAAGACCUAAUCCUAGUUCUUCUAGAAGAGAUUCCACGCCGCUUGCGGCCCACUACCUUACACUACCUGAUGCUAACGAAGACCUACAUAGUCUACCCGGGCGAGGCCGGUGACGGCGCCAAGAAGGACUUUUGGAAGAGGCUCGGGAAGAGUGUCACUGCUAGGAGGCCGGAUCAUGAGAACGACUCACUUGCAUGACUUUCAACACGCAAAAUACAUUUGCAUGACAAUAAUAAUUGGCCAAGAGCAUGUCGGGCCAUGCUCAGUGUAGGGUUCCGUAGUUACUAUUCUGUCAGAAUAGGCUAAACGGGGGCUAAAUAUUAGUAUAGAGUUUAACGAUUUUUUCAUUAUUAUUGGAUCCAUGGUACAAGAGUUGAGUGGGAGGGGACUAUUUAUUACUUAUUCGGUAGGUAGGUAAUCUUUUAAAAAUUUCUAAACUUCUACAAAAAUCUUAAACUAAAGUGUAAAUAACAUUAUUUGCGGUAUACUCACAACAGCAAUACUACGUAAAAUGUUUUGCACAUCGAAAUCACAAAGGAAAACAACUGCACUGCGAACGUUUACGUUCUACGUCUUUUUUUUUUAAUUUUAGGGUUGGCCGGCCACCACCGUUAUGAAUCGGUAGUCGUCUAAGUAAAUCGAUAUGAAUUUUUCAUUUUUCUUUUAAUAAAAAUAAGGAAAAUGUGGAUAAUUAACUGCAAAUAUGGAUAUAUUUAUCGUCACUUAACAGACAACAAAUUUGACACAGGAAUAACAUAAAUAAACUUUCAAAUAGAUCCCCAGUUAGUUUCAAUUUUGACAAUGGGUGCGACCUACUCGGUCGGUGUAUUAAAUACACCGGCCGACCGGUAGCUUGCGGGAAAACCAUAUAAUUCUAGCUUUAUUUAAAUCUCAAAUAAAAAUUAAUUAUACGUCACAAUUCGAUACCUCAGUCUACGUGCCAUCCAAUCGUAAUCGCUUGCUGUGACAAUCGAUUUGCGUUAGUUACAUCUCUAUACACGUCAGUCAUAAUGUGUCAAAUACCGCAAAUAAUGUUAUUUACACUAUAGUCACU